CAUAACCAAUUCAAAAUAAUUGCCCACGUUGAAGCUUCCCCCUUUGACCUAUCCAUAAUAAUAAUAAAAAAAAACUAAAUACAAUUUCUUGCCUUGCAAGAAAAAUAGAAGCUUAUUUAAAGCAAUACCAAACACCCUCACUACUCGAACAAACCAAAUCCUCAAAGCUCUGCAAGUAUGAGGAGAGAGGGGCGGCAACAUGGCACUGUGAUGGCCUACGAUAUCGCCCCCCAGCCAACUGGGAAGAAGAUGCCGAAUCAAAUUGAUGGGCCGUUCAUGGGGACAUUUUCGAAGGUCCCUUCAAAGCUCACUAACAGCUCCAAAUACACCAGCCGCUGUAGAGUGCCCAGAUGUGGAAACUGUCACGACCAUCCCGUGAACAAAGCGAGGAUCAAAACCAAAGGAAAUCACAGGCACAGAGAUGAGAUCGCUGAUUUUUACUUGAAGGGGGGUCGCAAUAGAGCUCAUGAGGCCUGUGAGGGGAGUUACGAUUCAGAUGAUAGCGGCGAAUCGGACGGCGGAGAAGAGCUUGUUUGUCAGGUGGGUGGUGGUGGUGGUGCCGGAGACUGUGAAGAAGGAGAAUGGGUUUUGUGUCAGGGAAGUGGUGUUGUUGGUGGAGAUUGCGAAUAUGGAGAAUGGCUGUUGGUUGAAGGAGUUUGAGCUUGCUAAAAGUUGGCCCAUUAAGCUGGGCCGCAUUUGAAAUUUCGUGCAUUAAAUUUGUAUUUUUGGUUUGGGCCGUCGUUGUACUAAAAUUUGAAGAAGUCAGAGAAGGUGAGAGAGUGGCUCAUGCUCUGGUUUAUUUAAUUUUAUUUUAUUUGAUUUUAUGCAGAAAUGUACAUUUUUUUACUUUAAAAGAUAUUUAUUAUAUCAUAAUAUAUUUUAAGUAAUAUCUUGCCGCCCAAACUCAUUAUCUUGCUCAUUUUAAGCUCAUUUUGAUUUAUUGGUUGAUAGCUUAGCCGAUCAAUCAAGAGAUUUGAUUUGGUGUUAGAAGCUUAAAUAUAUGAUGUGUGCAAGUUCAUUUUUAAUUCGCAAAAAAACAAAAAAAAAAUUAUGAUAUGUCAGUCUACUAGCUAUCGCUCUGACCAGCGUAUUAUCGUUCUUUGCCAUCUCCUUUAUUAUCUGAUUCUUCACUAGCCUUUUAUUUGAGAGUAAGAAGAUAUAAGACACGCAACUCACCUUGAUCUAUUAUUUGAGAGCUUUGACUACUAAUUAAAAGGUUUUGGAUUCAAGUCUUGCAUAUCUGAUGUGUGUAUGAAUUUAUUUUAAUUGGCUAAAUGUUCCCCCACAAAAAGAAAAUAGAAGAGAAGGCGGGAGGACAAUGAAGUUUUUGGCUCUUUUUGAUUGAAACAAAUUUGAAAAAGUAAAUGCAAUUAAAUUUUUAAUUAAAUGAAUUAUGAGAUAAGUUUGAUUUAAAUGAAUUCGGAAAAAUAUAAUUUUGUAUAAAAUAUUUGAUUUCAAUAUAAUUGAGAGGUGAUUAAUUUUGCAAAGAAAAUAUAAAUGAAUUUUUUUUAGUUGAUAAUUUAUUUUUUGAACUCUAAUAAAAAGGAUAAAAAUAUCAUAAAA